GUUUUCUCAAAAACCAAACAGAGCCUAAAGCUGGAAAAUAGCUGCCACACGGCACCGCAGAACAAAGAGAGAGGUGGAGGAGAGGAACGAUGGGCAACGCUCAGUCACCUUCCACCGAUCCUCGCUUCUCUUCUGCCACCAGAGCUUUCUCCCAAAAUGAGCUUGAAGAUCUCAAGACCUUGUUCGCAUCCCUCGCUGCCCAAUCUCAAACCAACAACCACUUCAUCUCUCCCGCUGUUUUCAAGGCGUAUUUUGGGAUUCAAGGUUCUCUUGGCGAUCGAAUGUUUGAUUUGGUCACCCAGAAUCGUCAUGAUAAAAAACUCACAUUCCAGGACCUUGUAAUUGCUAAAGGGACUUACGAGAAAGGAACAAAAGAUGAGAUUGAAGAGUUUAUUUAUCAGUUACUAGAUGUGACUGGAGAUGGCAUCUUGGGGAGGUCUGAUGUAGAAUCUGUUUUAACGGUGAUGCUUGAUGAUAUAUUCUCUCAAAGAAAUUCUGAAGCUGGAUCAAAUUCACAUCAAGUCGUCAUCAGUAUUUUCCUCAAUGCUGCAAGUUUUUCAGAGAGUGGUGAAGGUAGUGCUGAAAGUAGUAUGUCUUUUGAGGAUUUCAGAAAAUGGUGUGCACUUCUUCCAUCAGUCAGGAAGUACCUUGGAAGCUUGUUGUCACCAUCUGAUCCAGGGAAGCCAGGUUCUCAAGUUCCUCGUCUACUGCAUUUGGAAAAUGUUGAGUCUAAUUUGUUAUUAUUGAAGAAGGAAUAUGCCUGGCUUAUUGGAGGAGCCCUUUCCCAACUAGAGCUGGAUGAAUGGAAACUUGUGUAUCAUAGUGCAUUUAAUGGACUGAGUUUCAACACCUUCCUGGGCAACAUAUCAAAUGAUGACAGCCCAACCGUGUUGAUUAUUAAGGAUAAAGAAGGUUACAUAUAUGGAGGUUAUGCAUCUCAACCUUGGGAUAGGCAUGCUGAUUUCUAUGGAGAUAUGAAAUCUUUUCUCUUUCAGCUAUAUCCAACCGCGUCUAUUUUCAGGCCCACUGGAGCAAAUAGCAAUUUACAGUGGUGUGCUGUGAAUUUUAGUUCAGCGAACAUUCCGAACGGCAUCGGUUUUGGAGGACGGGUGAAUCACUUUGGCUUGUUUGUUUCAGCAAAUUUCGAUCAGGGUCACACCUUUGCCUGCACUACUUUUGGGAGCCCUUGCCUCUCGAAGACCAACCAAAUAUGCCCAGAAGUGAUUGAAUGCUGGAGGGUUGUGCCAAAAGGAGCCCAACAAGAAAGGCAAGAUGCUGCAAAAGGUACUGUGCUGGAGAGAUUUAAGGAGGACCGCCAUAUGCUUAACAUGGUUGGUCUUGCUAAUUCAAGCGAGUAACCUCCUGAUUGCCUGUCAUGCCAUAACGGUAUUAUUGCACCUUUGGUUGCUGUUUUGCGACAAGUGAACCGAUCAUUAUAUGGUUAGGAGCUGGUAGCAGUUAAUACUUUUAGAGGCCUGUAACAUAUAAAGUUCCUGAUGGUGUUUUUCUGAGAAAAAAAAAAGAGUAUUGAAUGUCAAAUUGAUUUUGAUAAAGUUUGUUUCAUUUGUAACUUAAUAUUUUUAAACUUUUGACAGUGUUCGCUGAUACAGCUUCAGACUAAUAGUACAAUCUGGACAUGAUAUCCCCAUCUGGGAGGUGGGGGGCGAGGUACAAAAUGGAAGAUUAAGAGGGUAUUGACUAUGUAGUUCAUGCUUAGUGAUUCUAAGCAAAUAUACUAAUUUAGGCACAUUUUAAAUGUGGGAUAAUAUGCGGAGCCAUGUUUGUUUGGAAGAACAAACAUGGAAGAACUAAAUUAGGUGGGAUCAACAUUCUUAAGGCCAAAGACCUGGAGAUUCUUGGAUUGUAUAUUCUAGUUCAUAAUUGAAUUGACUAAUGAUUAUCAAGAGACAAAAUUUUAUUAA